UUCAAUGUCAGGUGAAGGUUCAUCUCGCAGUCGCGGUAAACGCCCUCUUCCCGAAGACAAUGACGAUUCCACCAAAAAUCCACCAGCUAAGAGGGUUAGGUUUCCCAAGGGGAAGAAAGGGAAACCAGUUGAUGUAAUAGUGGAGAAAGUAUUUGCUGAGGAGGAUGUGAAUGAUUUGUCGAAUCCGGCUGUUGCUGCCAAAGAGCAGGUAAAACGGAGGAAUCAAAUUACUGCUGAGCUUUUUAGUGACGAAAAUGGAGGUAUUUCGAAGGUUGCUGAAGUUAUAUACAAGGAAAAUGAGAAUUUUGUUGAAGACGGAAUUCAGAUUGAGCCUUUCAACCUAGACAAAGAAAGGGAAGAAGGUUAUUUUGAUGCAUCCGAAAACUUUGUUGAAUAUGUCAGAGAUAAUGAGAUUAAGGAUGCAUGGCUUGAUAAUGUUGAGGUUGAUCCUAGAUAUGCUAGAUUAAGCUCCGCGGCAACAAAUGAUGAAGAGGAGGUCCAAGAGCUUUCUUCUAAAGAUGUGGCAAUCAUGAAGAGGCGCAUUGCCAAUGUUCUUGAACCAGAGGAAACAGUCUUGCAAGGUUUGAGAAGAUUAAAAGCUAUGAAACACGGAUAUAGUGAUGAUGAUGGCCGUCUCAAGCGAACCGGUACAAUACUAAGCUAG